GAUUGUUCUUUUGUUAUCGUGUCGCAUCAAUUCUAGAAUACUAAACCACAUCAAGACAGCCUGGCCUUGUCUCCUAGAACACAGAACACAAGGAAUUUCAUAAUUUUAACGCCGUUGUCUUACCUGGCCGAACUAUGAACCGAUACUAGAAUCCUUCGUACCCUUACUAUCCUUUUAUUAUAUUCUAUUCUAUUCACCUCACCAUGACCUACCGUCAUCAAUCACCACCCCGCCAAUAGAACGCCACACUCGACAUCGUGAAUUACCAACCAUUAGCCAACAUGGCCACCCCAAAAUUCAACACCAAGUCUCCCACCAUCAGGCGCAUAUUAAAAGAAGCCGCCGAACUCUCUACCUCUCCAUCGCCUGACUACACAGCAUCCCCCCUCGAAUCCGACCUCUUCGAAUGGCAUUUCACUCUCCGUGGCCCCCCUAACUCCUCGUUCGCCGACGGUUUAUAUCAUGGCCGUAUCGUUCUCCCUCCUACCUACCCCCUGCGCCCACCCUCCUUCCGCUUUACAACCCCAAGCGGACGUUUCGAAGCGAACCGCGAGAUCUGCCUAAGCAUCAGUGGGCACCAUGAAGAAACCUGGCAACCCGCAUGGGGGGUACGCACCGCGCUAGUCGCGCUACGCUCCUUCAUGGAGACCGACGCGCGCGGCCAGCUCGGCGGCCUCGACACCAGCGACGCUGUGCGGCGCAAGCUAGCUUCCGAGAGUGGAGCCUGGCGCUGCACGACUUGUGCUAAAACGAAUAACGAGAUCAUCACCGAGUGCGAGCAGCGAUGUAAAGAACUCGAUACCGAAAACGCCGAGGCGGGUAAGAGAAAGGAGGUCGAGAUUCCCGCCGAGCUGAAGAUGGGAUUCCGGGACGAGAUGGAGAAGGCGAAGGCUGCGAACGAGGGAGACGCUAAAGGGGAUGCAGAGAGCGCCGAGUUGGCGGAGGGAUUCGUGCAGACGGUACCUGAUCAAGAAGUAUUGAGACCUACGCCUACGACAGCGGCACCACCUGUCGCUCAGCCCACGCAAGGAGUUCCGCCGCCUACCGGUCGAAUACCAUUGCCGGCUCUGGUAGACCAGGGCACAUCGACGCCGAUCACGACACAGAUGAGCCCACACGCGGGAGUGCCGCCUUGGAUCGAUUACGCUAUCGUGUCGCUGGUGAUCAUGUUAAUCGCCAUGCUUCUCAAAGUUUUAAUGAGUUGAAUUCAACAAUUCAGAACAGGCACCGGGAUUUGGCGUUACUACUGGCUGGCAGGAUACAGGCGUAGCUGAUGUUGUUAUUAUUCGCGUUUCAUGACAAUUGAUACCAAGAACUGAAUUAGAUUCUAAAUCACCAACAGACUAACAUGUCAAUAGUGAAGAUUCUUGUGACUAGUAUCUCAUUACCGGACCAGUAGGUGUCGUUGUGUACAACAUGAAUUCCACGUAUCUGCUGAGAGAUGAUGAAUCAAGC